UGACAGUCUUCUUUAUUUUAUCAUUAAUGGGAAUUUGCAGUUUUAUUAUGAGUUAGUAAAACUAGCAGAAGAUGGAAACAAUUGUAUGUUUAUGUUGUUUUGUGUACUUUGAAUGAACUUCAAUUGCCAGCCCAGCCGACCACGGUGGUCUCGUGAGACUGAGGGACAAAACGGAAAAUUAGAAAAGCAAAAAAUAAAGUGAGAGAAAAAGAACCAACCUUUCUUAUCCUACACACCCCUCUCUCUCUCUCUUGAUUUUUUUUAACAGUAGUUUAGUCUUCAGUCUUCUCAAUUUCUUCUGGGUCACCCUUGAAUAACUCAGCAUUUCAUUGAUUCUUUUAAAAAAAACCAACCUUAAUCAUGACUGUUAAUGCACUUUGUGGCACUCUUGAAGAGCUCUAUGUGACCCCAUCUGUAACCUGAUGUUGUUAUUCCCUAAGCUUUCUGUCAUGGUUUGAUCUGCUUGGAUUUGGGUUUUUCUUGAUGACAACUCACUGCCCAUUUGCAUUUAAUUGUUGUAAUUCUCUGUUUUAUCAUCUAUCAGAUCUGGGUCUUUUCAAAGAUAUUAUUGCUGGGAAAAGUAUCUUCUUUUUUAGCAGCUGGUUUGAUUCCCUUCAAUGUGGGAAUAAGUAAAAGGCUAAGCCGUCAAAUGUGGUUAAAUAAUGUGUAAAAAUCCAUCAAUAUGGUCUAAUUUGGACACUGUUUGAUGGAUGUAUGUGAAUCAGAGAAGCAUAAAGCUGUGGAUACCCCAAGACUUCCCUUGGUUCCAGCUGCAAGGGACAAUAAUGCCCCAGCCACCACCCGUCGCCCUCGGACGAGGGAAAUUAGUUCUAGAUACAAAUCACCAGCACCCUCUGCUCUUAGGCGUAGCCAAUCACCAAACCAAUCAAGAACAGUGCCUACGGCAUCCCAAGUGCUUCCUAAGAGACCCAAUUCAGCUGAGAGGAGGCGUCCAUCAACCCCACCUUCACCCCUAAGCCCUUCUACACCAGUUCAGGACUCAUCUGUUGAGUUGCCAUCUAGAAGGCUAAGUACGGGAAGCCGUUUACCAGAGAGUUUAUGGCCGUCUACAAUGAGAAGUCUUAGUGUUUCCUUUCAGUCGGAUAGUAUUUCUGUUCCGAUCGGCAAGAAGGAAAAACCAGUUAGUAGCAUCUCCUCUGAUCGCACCUUGCGACCAUCUUCAAAUGGGGCUCAUAGGCAGGCUGAAGCACCUGCUGGUUCAAGAAAGCCUACACCAGAGAGAAAGAGGAGUCCUCUUAAAGGGAAGAAUGUACAGGAUCAAUCAGAGAAUGCAAAACCCGUGGAUGGUUCACAUUCUAGAUUGAUUGAUCAGCAUAGGUGGCCUAGUAGGAUUGGUGGAAGAGUGUCUUCCAAUUCAAUGAAUAGAAGUGUGGAUCACACUGAUAAGACUGUAAAAUCUGUAUCUACACCUGUUGGAAUUGGUUUAUCUUCACUUAGACGAUUGUCUGUGCCUGGAGGUAGCAUUAAAACCUUGCAGAAAUCAGCUAGUGAUGCUGCAAGAUUAUCAUGCCUAGAAGAUGUUGGAUUGAGAGGGUCUCGAACAAGUUCUACGGAUGAUAAUUCACUGCAGGUAUCCAGAUCUCAGAAGCUCGCUGAAACAAGUUUAUCAGAGAGAAGGUCUUUAUUAAUUCCGGCAGUUAGAACCCAGUCCUUGCCUAGCCCUGGGUUGCGCCCUCCGUCGCCAAGUGGAACCUCUGUUAGUCGAGGUUUCGGUCCAGCUAAUGCAAGGCCAUCGACUCCUCCUUCUAGAGGGGCAAGGCCAUCCACUCCUCCUUCUAGAGGGGUCAGCCCAUCUCGGACAAGGCCAUCAAGUAUUUCCAGCCAAUCUAGUAGUUCUACUUCUGUUCUUAGUUAUAUAGUGGAUUUUAAGAAAGGGAAAAAAGGUGGAAACUAUAUUGAAGAUGCUCGUCAGAUUCGCCUUUUAUACAAUAGAUAUUUGCAGUGGCGAUUUACUAAUGCCAGGGCAGAAGCUGUUCUUUACAUUCAGAAAAAGAGUGCAGAGAAAACUCUCUGUAAUGUUUGGAAUGGUACUUUAGCAUUGUGGGAUUCAGUAAUUAGGAAGAGGAUCAGUCUCGAGCGGAUGAAGCUAGAGCUUAAACUGAGUGCUAUUUUAAAUCAUCAAAUGGCCUACCUAGAUGAUUGGGCUUUACUUGAAAGGGAUCAUUUAACCUCUUUAUCUGGGGCUGUGGAAGAUUUGGAGGCAACCACUCUUCGUCUUCCUGUAACGGAAGGGGCAAUGGCAGAUACAGACUCUUUGAAGGAUGUCAUUUGCUCAGCAGUUGACGUCAUGCAGACAAUGGGAUCAUCCAUAUGUUCUUUACUCUCAAAGGUGGAGGGAGUGAAUGGUUUGGUUUCCGAGCUUGCUGUUUUAGCCGCGCAAGAGAAAGCUAUGCUCGAUGAAUGUGAAGCUCUUUUGGCUUCAACAGCUGCUUUGCAGGUGGAAGAGUACAGCAUUAUGACCCAUCUCAUACAAAUUAAACAUGUUCUUGAGAAUCAAUCCAUCUUAGCCGCCAAAAGCUCUCAAUGGUCAUGAUCCUCUCUGCUAAGCCUAACCUUGACUACUACAGCAAACAUAAAUUCAAUGGUCUCACUAAAUUGUAAAUUGAUUUUUAACCUUUUUUAAGUUAUUAUUUUUUUGUUUU